UCCAUAAUUCAUAAUUCAAGUGAAUCCUAAGGACAAAUAAAACAAACACUACCUAACUAACUAGAGUGUCUUUAGAGAGAAUUAGAGAAUUAGAGAAAUGGAGCUUCAAGACACAGCAGCAAGUAAAAUAACCAUUGGUCUUCCAUUGGGUUUAGCACUCCUCUUUGCUUGUUUAAUCUUCAUUUGUGUCUUAUUUUGUUGCUUAUUACAUUGGAAUAAGCUCAAACUUUUGUCUCCAUAUUCUUCUGAGGUUAUUAGUUCUCAAGCUCAAACACAAGCUGAUUUAACUUCCUCUCCUCAGAAACCAGCAUUUCCUUUUGUGAUGAUGAAGCAGAGCUAUGCUGAGAGCUUGCCUGUGUUGAUGCCAGGAGAUGAGAUCCCAAAAUUCAUAGCCAUGGCAUGUCCAUGUAAGCUUCCAACAGAUGAAAGUAUCACAAUCCAUGUCCACAAGGAAGAAACAAAUGAUUUUUCAAGUGACAAUCCAUGUUAAAAAGAUGUUGAAUUUUGCUUUUUCAGGGUAGGUUAGACAUGUAUUAGAUCAUAUUCCUCUAAAACGAGCAAUUCAGUUUAUAAAGUGACUAAGAUCAAUUGUUAAUCAAUGAUUGAUAUUGUACGCACGUGCAUAAUAAAAUCAUGUGUCGUAAAAAUAUCAAUCAUUGAUUUUCUCACUUUAUUAACUGCUCACAGGAGCCGAAUCCGAAUCCCUUAGAUGUAUACACAUUUCACGCACCUUCUCAAUUUGUGCUAAGUGAUAUUAUCUAACAAGCUCAAUGAAGGUGCUUGAAAAUAAAAGAAAUCAGGACUCCCAUUUUAUUUUUGGUCAGAAUGGGAAGAAAAUGGUUGAAAUUGAAUAUUAACCAUCCUGAUGUAAUUUAUUAUUUGUUUGUGUCUCUUUUCCAACUUGAAGAAAACUUCUAUAUGCUCCUUUUAAGUGUAAGAAACAAAGAUUGAUGCCACUAUCUGAAUGUAUCAUUCCACAGCAUUGUAAUAUAAUUUGUGUUUCAAAUC